AUGGCCGAGACGCUGCUGCACUCAUGGACCAUGGGGUCCACGCUGCCUCAAGUGGCCAUGACCUCAGAGGAUGCCUUUCAUCACAGCGCAAACUCCACCUACAGAACUGCAAGCAGCAGUCUCCCAGCCGACCAGGAAGCGCUCCUUGAGAAGCUGCUAGACCGCCCGCCGCCCGGCCUGCAGAGGCCCAAGGACCACUUCAAUGGCACCUAUAUCAUCUUCUUCAGCUUGGGCAUUGGUGGCCUGCUGCCGUGGAACUUCUUUGUCACUGCCAAGGAAUACUGGGUUUUCAAGCUCCGCAACUGCUCCAGCCCAGCCGCGGGGGAGGAAGCCGCAGGUUCGGACAUCCUGAACUACUUUGAGAGCUACCUGACCGUUGCCUCCACCGUGGCCUCCGUGCUGUGCCUCAUGGCGAACUUCCUGCUGGUCAACAGGGUUCCGAUCCACAUCCGUGUGCUGGCCUCACUGGCCAUCAUGCUGGCAAUCUUCUUGGUGAUGACCGCGCUAGUGAAGGUGGACACCUCCUCGUGGACCUUUGGCUUCUUUGCUGUCACCAUUGUCUGCAUGGCCAUCCUCAGCGGCGCCUCCACCAUCUUCAAUAGCAGUGUCUUUGGCAUGACUGGCUCCUUCCCCAUGAGGAAUUCCCAGGCGCUGAUAUCAGGAGGAGCCAUGGGUGGCACCAUCAGUGCCGUGGCCCUGCUGGUGGACCUGGCGGCGGCCAGCGACGUGACAGACAGCGCACUGGCCUUCUUCCUGACGGCAGACGUCUUCCUCGGGCUCUGCGUGGGGCUCUACAUGCUGCUGCCGCGGCUGGAGUACGCCAGGUUCUACCUGAGGCCUGUCUGGCCGUCUCACAUGGUUUCCGGUGAAGAGCAGCGGCCCCAGGACUCGCCCAGCGCCCCUGCGGCAGCCCCUGGAUCCAGCGAGUCCUCAAUACCCCCGCUCCGCCCCAUCCUGAAGAAGACAGCCAGCCUGGGCUUCUGUAUCAUCUACCUCUUCUUCAUCACCAGCCUCAUCUUCCCCGCCAUCUCCACCAACAUUGAGUCCGUGGACAAGGGCUCAGGCUCGCUGUGGACCACCAAGUUCUUCGUCCCCCUCACCAUCUUCCUCCUGUUUAACUUUGCUGACUUGUGUGGCCGGCAGGGCACGGCCUGGAUUCAGGUGCCAGGGCCCAGAAGUAAGGUGCUGCCCGGGCUGGUGCUCCUCCGGACGUGCCUCCUCCCCUUCUUCGUGUUCUGCAACUACCAGCCCCGCACCCACCUGCGCACAGUGGCCUUCCGGUCUGACCUCUACCCGGUGCUCUUCACCUCCCUGCUGGGGCUCAGCAACGGCUACCUCAGCACUCUGGCUCUCAUGUACGGGCCCAAGAUCGUGCCCAGGGAGCUGGCCGAGGCCACAGGGGUGGUGAUGUCCUUUUACAUGUGCUUGGGCUUAGUACUCGGCUCAGCCUGCUCUGCCCUGCUCGUGCACCUCAUCUAGAAGCGGGUGAUGGCAAGAACCUCGGUGCCGUGUGACCCUUGGGAGCCUCGGGGAGGUGGGGAGCAGCCCAGCGGGCUGGGGCAGUGCGCAGCAUGGGGCCGCGACUGGGCCGGGGGCAGGGCAGAGGACACUCAGGCCUCGCCUCCCCUCUGGGAGCCGGCAGCUGUGCCGGACGCACAUCCAGACACUUUAAAGAACUCUCCUGAAACCUUUGGAUAAGAACCAAAAGACAGCAAAUGGGGCACAGUUGCAGUAGUUACACGGUAGCACAGCGAAUGUGCCCAGGUGCCCAUAGCUGCCCGUUUGUUACAUUCCAUCCUGUUUCAUAGCCUCUUCUGAAUUUUGUUGUCAGUGUUGAGUCUGAGCUGUUACCAAGGCCAGUGGCAAAACCGGACCACAGGCUCUUUGCCUCUCCCAGACUUUCUCCCUCCAGUGGACAGCAAGAUGUGACAAUUCCCAGUCCUCCCUAUCGGGGGGGGGGUUCCCUGGAAUGGCCAGUUCUAAGCCCAAGACCCAAGGCUGUGCAGACCCCUGCUUUCUGUGGGUGAGAGAGCAUACACCAACCAGACGGGGGACACCGGCCUUCCAGGAAACCUUCAUUCCCCAAACUUGGGCUCCAGAAGCCAUCCCUGUAUCAGGCCUGCAUCCUCAAACAAGGAUCCUUAAAGUGGUCUCUGGCUUGUGUCAGGGCAGGGUCUUUUAAAUGUCCAUGUUUGCAACAUGUCAAGGCUAUCGGUUCAAGGGCAUAAUGAAUCCCUGGAUAUUUAAUGAAAGUCUAAUUGGUGGCUGUAUUAAUCAGGGUCUUGUCAGGAGUCGGCUACUCAAAUCAGAUGAUGUGAGGGUAUUUGAAGAGUGGGUGGGUGUAGGAAUCCUAAGGGGUUGUGUUUUACCUCCCAGAUGUAAGGGCUGGGGAUCAAGGGGCGUGCCCAGCCCACCGUGACCCACAGGAGGUAUAACUCUCUUGGUUCGUCUCUCCCUCUCCUCUCCUUGAAGCCCCAGUGGACUGAACCACAGCCGUGGGGCAGGCAGAGAGGUAGAGCCUGGGCUGGAAGUGCAGAAGGUGUCCCAAGUAGGGAUCCCAGCCUCUCUCGCGUUCAUAGAUUUACUUAUUAUUCACAUCGUACAGCUCUGAAGCUUUGCCCAGCAGUACUAGGUGCUGGCUUUGUCCUGGUUUGUUCCCGGAUAGCUAUGUAUUUUGAAGCUGUUGUUUCAAAAGGUGACCCUCAGCUCGUGCGGCCCCCACUGGAUCUUCGGACACGAGUCGUAACUUGCAAUUUACAUUUCUUCCAAUUCCUUGAAGGCUGCUGCAGGGCUGUUCCUUGGGGGAGCAGGCUGGCUUGGGAAUCAGAGAAAAAGGAACUAGACCAGAUCAGGAGUUCUUUCUGAAGAGAGUCAUGCAGAGAGAACAGAGCUUGCACCCCAAGAAGCAGCGACCCCGGGAACCAUAAGUCAGCCCACUCCUUCUCCGAAGGACUUGGGCACCCUGGUGUCCUGCAGACAGCCGGCUGGCCAGGGCAGCAGCCGGUAAUCCACACAGUGGAGAAUGAAAAUAGACACCCUUGAAAGGUUUGCCGAAACUUGAUAUCUUGAAAAAAUAACGUUUUUAACUAAAAAUAAAUUCUCCUGUCUCCCCGUCCCUUGCA